GAGAGAGAGAGAGGGAGGCGAUGAGAGGAAGCUGCAAUAAACACACAGGGCGUCUGCGCCUCCCUAAGUAGGACAAUAAAGUGAGGACGGCAUCAAUGCUCUAACAAUGGAUUUAUCAGACAUGCUUCUUCUCAAAGUUUCCCUCUUCGCCUGCUUGCUGAGCUACACCCAGGGACACUACAGAAACCCCCUGACCAAGUACAUCCGUCACUAUGAAGGCCUGUCCUACGACACAGAGCUUGUGCACAGCAAGCAUCAGAGGGCCAAGAGGGCGCUCACCCACGAAGACAAGUUCCUUCAUUUAGAUUUUCAUGCCCAUGGAAGGCAUUUUAAUUUACGGAUGAAGAGGGACACCACCUUGUUUUCCCCAGAUUUAAAGGUAGAUGUUUCAGGAGAAGAGAUUCCUUAUGAUACGGCUCAUAUCUACACUGGAGAAAUCUACGGAGAAAAGGGUACCCUAACUCAUGGCUCCAUUGUGGAUGGUAAGUUCGAGGGCUUCAUUCAGAGCUACCAGGGCAACUACUACGUGGAGCCUGCAGAGAGAUACUUGGAGGGCAAAGAUGUGCCUUUCCACUCUGUCAUGUACCACGAAGACGACAUACACUACCCGCACAAGUACGGCCCAGAAGGAGGCUGUGCUGAUAGCUCAGUGUUUGAUAGGAUGAAGAAGUACCAAACAUCUGCCAUGGAGGAGCCACCCAAGGAGCUCCACACUGAGGCGGGUUUUAACGAACCUGUACUGCUGAGGAAGAGGAGGAUGGCGCAGGCGGAGAAAAACACCUGCCAGCUUUUCAUUCAGACUGACCACCUCUUCUUCAAGUACUACAAGACCAGAGAGGCUGUCAUUGCUCAGAUCUCCAGUCACGUCAAGGCCAUUGAUGCCAUUUACCAGGGCACUGACUUUAUGGGCAUCCGCAACAUCAGCUUCAUGGUGAAAAGGAUCAGGAUAAACACCACCAAUGUGGAUAGGGACAGGUCCAACCCAUUCCGCUUUUCCAACAUCGGUGUGGAGAAGUUCCUGGAGCUCAACUCUGAGCAGAACCAUGACGACUACUGCCUCGCUUACGUUUUCACCGACAGAGACUUUGAUGACGGAGUGCUGGGCCUGGCCUGGGUGGGAGCCCCCUCAGGGAGCUCUGGAGGCAUCUGUGAAAAAAGCAAGCUCUACUCGGAUGGAAAAAAGAAAUCUCUCAACACUGGUAUAAUCACUGUACAGAACUAUGCCUCCCACGUACCUCCCAAAGUCUCCCAUAUCACUUUUGCGCAUGAAGUAGGACACAACUUUGGCUCCCCGCACGACUCUGGAUCUGAGUGUACCCCAGGGGAAUCCAAGAGCCAAGACAAGAAGGAGAAGGGCAAUUAUAUCAUGUAUGCAAGAGCCACAUCAGGAGACAAGCUCAACAACAAUAAGUUCUCCAUCUGUAGCGUUCGCAACAUCAGCCAGGUGCUGGAGAAAAAGAGAAGCAACUGCUUUGUCGAGUCCGGUCAGCCCAUAUGUGGUAACGGUCUGGUGGAGCCAGGAGAGGAGUGUGACUGCGGCUACAGUGAUCAGUGCAAGGACCAGUGCUGCUACGACGCCAACCAGGCCGACAACAAGAAGUGCAAGAAAAAGCCUAACAAAGUUUGCAGUCCCAGCCAAGGUCCUUGUUGCACGCAAGAGUGCUCUUACAAGGGUCGUAACGACAAGUGCAGAGAGGAGUCGGAGUGCGCUCACCAGGGCAUGUGCAACGGAGUCAGUCCUCAGUGCCCGACGUCCGAGCCCAAAGCCAACUUCACCGCCUGCCACGGAGAGACACAAGUCUGCCUCAACGGGGGCUGCUCCGGUUCCAUCUGUGAAAAGUAUGGGCUCGAGGCGUGCACCUGUGCCAGCCAAGAUGGCAAGGACGAAACGGAGCUCUGCCACGUGUGCUGCAUGGAGAAGAUGAAUCCUAACACGUGCAGCAGCACCGGAUCAGAAAAGCUGGCUCGCUUCUUCAACAAGAAAGUGACCACCCUUCCAGCCGGCUCGCCUUGCAACGACUUCAAGGGCUACUGUGACGUGUUCAUGAAAUGUCGUCUGGUGGAUGCAGACGGGCCGCUCGCCAGGCUAAAGAAGGCCAUCUUCAACCCUGAGCUCUAUGAGAACAUUGCAGAGUGGAUUGUGGCUCAUUGGUGGGCAGUGUUGUUGAUGGGCAUUGCCCUCAUCAUGCUCAUGGCUGGAUUUAUUAAGAUCUGCAGUGUGCACACACCGAGCAGUAACCCCAAACUCCCCCCUCCCAAACCACUUCCAGGCACUUUGAAGAGGCGGCGAGCGCAGCAGCAAGCUAACUCCCAGGUGCAGCACGCGGCUCAGCACGCCCACCCGCACGGCCACGCCGGGCACGGGGCCCAGAGGCAGCCGGCGAGGCAGCCACAGCGGCAGGCGCAGCCAGCGAGGCACCACCGUCAGCCCAGAGAGAACUAUCAGAUGGGCCAGAUGAGACGCUGA